UCGGGAGGCGAGGCGGGGGGAGGAGGCUUGGGCCUGCGGGCAGCCGGGGGGCGGCGUGGACCCGCGGGAGGGAGCCGAAGCCCCGGUGGGGCGCGGGUGCGGGCGGCGGCGCGAGCGGGGUGGGCGAGCUGCGCGCUCUUUCCCAUGGCCGGGAGCGGGCCGCGGCGGCGGCGGCGCUCAUAGACCCGAGGCGGGACGGGAGAGCCUGGGCGGGGGCCCGGGGCCGAGGGGAAGAUGAGCGUCCUAGAGCAGAAGGAGCAGCAGGAGAGGCUGCGGGAGGCCGCGGCCUUGGGGGACAUUCGGGAGGUGCAGAAACUGGUGGAGAGCGGGGUGGAUGUGAACUCCCAAAAUGAGGUCAACGGCUGAGCACUGCUCAACUCUAGCUUCUGAUGGUGUGAGGGAUGGAACCUGGGACCUCAGGACCUGUUUACACUGGGCAUGUAAACGAAAUCAUGGCCAGGUGGUUUCUUAUUUGUUAAAAUCAGGAGCAGAUAAAGACAUUCUUACUACAAAAGGAGAAAUGCCAGUUCAGUUAACAUCAAGGAGAGAAAUCAGAAAGAUUAUGGGAGUGGAAGAAGAUGAUGAUGAUGACAACCUCCCCCAACUGAAGAAGGAGUCAGAACUGCCCUUUGUUCCCAACUAUUUGGCCAACCCAGCCUUUCCUUUUCUCUACACCCCUGCAACAGAGGAUUCAGCCCAGCUGCAGAAUGGAGGCCCCUCCACACGUCCUGCAUCACCCCCUGCAGACGACUCACCUCCAUUGCUCCCUGCUGGGGAACCUCCUCUGUUAGGAGCUUUUUCACGGGACCACACUUCUUUGACCCUGGUUCAGAAUGGGGAUGUAAAUCCCCCCUCUGCCAUACUCAGAACGCCAGAAAGCACAAAACCAGGUCCUGUUUGUCAGCCACCAGUAAGUCAGAAUCGUUCGCUGUUCUCUUCUGCCCCAUCCAAGCCACCAGUGUCUCUGGAGCCUCAGAAUGGAACAUAUGCAGGAACAACGCCAGCAUUCCAGCCAUUUUUCUUCACUGGAGCGUUUCCAUUUAAUAUGCAAGAGCUGGUGCUCAAGGUAAGAAUUCAGAACCCAUCUCUUCGAGAAAAUGAUUUCAUUGAAAUUGAAUUGGACCGACAGGAGCUCACCUACCAAGAAUUGCUCAGAGUGAGUUGUUGUGAGCUGGGUGUUAAUCCUGAUCAAGUGGAGAAGAUAAGAAAGCUGCCCAAUACUCUAGUAAGAAAGGACAAAGAUGUUGCUCGACUGCAAGAUUUCCAAGAGCUGGAACUGGUUCUAAUGAUAAGUGAAAAUAAUUUUCUGUUCCGAAAUGCUGCAUCUGCACUGACUGAAAGGCCAUGUUACAACAGGAGAGCUUCAAAACUGACUUACUAAAGCAUCAGGGGCUUCUGUCACUGAGUAUUGUGACAUUGUGCAUCACCCCCGGGCCGUGGACAAGCCAUUGAUCUAAAUGCCUUGGAUGCCCCAGUGUGGGGGAGGGGGCUGCUGCCACUGCAUAGUAAAUACUAAUAUUUUGCCGAGGUAGGAAGCCCCUGACCCCCAAGCAGUGGUGCCACUCUUCCAAGCCUCUUGGUGCACAAUAAACCUAUUGCUUGAAGCUGUGGAUAGCUGAGAAGUGGUCUGGAGAGGCAGAAGCUCACAGUUCUUGAUCCAGUGUGUUUUAUGUGCAGAAUGUAAGAGAGUUGUCUAAGCAGAAGCUGAGAGAGCAGAGCCUAUUUCUAACCACUCCUGUUGACAGUGCACCUGAAGGGCUGGGAUGUGAUUUCCUUGGUGUUGCAUGCUCAUAACUCUCCUGAAAUGUGUCCUGACUAGAGAGGAAAAUUGUGGAAAGCACAGGUAUUGAACAAAUAACUUUUAUGACUUAUGGCUGUGAGGUUUCAUAGAACAUAUUUAUAAAUGUUAACUCAGGUUAAAAGUAUUUAAGAAUACAGUUACCUAAUUGUAAAUACGCUGUUAACCAAAAGCUCCCCUCCCCACCCCAUUUUCCCUUUGUAAACACUCAUGACUGCUCCUCUGUCUCUUGUCUGCCAUCGCCUUGACAGCCACCUCUGCGUUCACUCCCCUUUGUGGUCACUAGGGGGCUCUCUGAUGCUUUCUAAGAGAGCAAGCACUUUUUUUUUUUUUUAAUUGAAGCUACUCCUUUCAUCUAUAUGUUAAUUGCGUCUUAAGAAAAGAGCACAAACAUUGCUGGUCCAUGUUCUCCACUUCCAUUUCCCAUCAGAAACACAAAACAAUUUUUGAGACGGAAUCUGUUGCUACUUUAAAGGUUAUUGUUGGGAACUGAGCUAAAGGAGUUAGCAUCUUUAUUUUUAUAUCAAAGAUAAAGGUUAUUUUGAAAUUAUUAGGAUUUUUACACAACUCUGAAAUCUGUUGCUUUUGUAAACAAAUGAUUUGAUUUUAGGGACCCCCCCCAUCACCAUCACUAAUUUAAGGAAGGUCAGUUGUGAGUCUGUCAGGCUUUGUUCUGGAAAAACAAACAAACAAACAAAAAAAAACACCUGAUCAAACUCUUGAGCAUGACAUAAGAGCUUUAAAACACACACACAUUCAAGGAUUAUUUUCCUUUCCUUUGAUGUCAUUAAUGUUAAAAGUAGAGCCUAUCUUGUUGAAAUAAAUAGCUUCACUUCAAAAAUCAGAAGGAGCACACUUAGACAAACAGGAGAGCAGGGGUUUGAAACCAGCUGUUGAAGAGCAUCCCUGCUGUCUUAAGCAGUUUUUCCCCAUAGUGCCUAUAGUUUCCAAAGAAACUUAACUUCCUAGCUUGUGUUCCUUUUAUUGAAACACUACAAUUGAGUGAGGAAAUGCAGACAAUAGCAGUGGCAGAGAAUCUUGUGCUAAGAUAAUAGCCUCCUGCUGCUUCCUAAAUGCUGAACUGAUGUUGAGGUGUUUUCAAGGCCAACUUCAUAGAAGUCACUCUGUUCAGUGACUUAGCUGUAUCCUACCAAUUACUGAUGGAAAUUCACUCACCCAUGUACAGUGGUUGCAUAGCAGAGUAGAGGUUACUUAUUACCCCCUUCCUCUGACAUGCUUUAGAGGAGAAACCUCCUCCCUUAUGUUUCAACCAGUCAGAAGUUAUUUUAUCUAGACAUACAUAACCUUUUACUUCCCCUUUAUUUGGAAAAGUGUUACUUACAGUUUACUGAUUCUAUGCUGGAGGAAAUAAACUCAGUAUUCAUUCAUGCUAAAUCACUAGAGAUAAAGGGUCUUUCAGCCAUCCCGGUCAAUUAGAGAUUUUGAGAAGCAGUAGAGGUGCCUAGUUGGGAUGAGGGGUGUGUGUGUAUGACUUAUAGAGAAAGAACUCUAUGGUGUUUAUUCCCCAGGCCAGGAAAUGAGCCAACGGUGGGUCUGACCUCUCAGGUGAGAGAUGGACCCUACACUGGUCUCUUCUUUAUAAAGUCCUCUGUGGUCAACUGACUCCAGUGCAUGGCAGUGGGAUAAGAUGUACAGUUGUUAGUAGGUGAAUUUAAAGUCUUAAUCUAUGCAUUCAGAGAAAUAUUUUUAUAUGCUUUGUGUAAUUUAUAACAGAUUUUUUUUUAGCUUUGUUAACUGAAUUCACCCCUCCUCCUCCACUGCAUAUUUAAGCAUGUGUUCACACUGUGUGUAAACAUUCACAGAAGAUUUUUUUUCUUUGUGCAUUGCUGACUGUUUAAACACAUUAGGUAUUAUUAAAAUUAAGUAUUAACUGA